CUGGCUGAAGUUUGCCAGUUGCUGCUCGACGAAAACGGAUAUCAGAAGACGGAGACCGACACGGAGCCGGAGAAAAUGCAGUUUAUUGUAGUGCCAGUUGUCAUCGCAGGCAUUCUCAUCGGGUCACUGGCGGUGAAUGAGUUCCCUGAGCCCCUGCAGCGCUGUCAUUUUGGGGACGAGGCCUGCUAUGUGGAGCAGGCACAGACUUUCUUUGGGGCAUUCAAGAAGGGCAUACCCGAGCGUGGAAUGGCCAGCCUGGAACCCAUUGACCUGGGAACGCUGCGAGUCGAUAGCGGAGGCCACUCCGCAUCGCUGCAGUUCAACCUGCUCAUGACCAAUGCCAAGCUGUACAAUCUGGCCAACUCGGUGGUGGUGAAGAGUCUGAAGGGUUUCACAAAGGACUUUAGCAAGCCACUCAAGCUGGUCCUGUUGCUGUUCAUGCCUGAACUAGAGGUCCGCUCCAAGUACGAUGUCAAUGGCAAGAUCCUCGUUCUACCCAUCGUCAGCAAGGGCGAUAUGGUCAUCAAGCUGAGCCAGGUGCAGGCUAAGUUGCGCAUCGUGGCCGACCCAGUAAAGCGGGCGGAUGGAAACACAUAUCUCAAUAUCACCGACUUUAAAACAGUCACCAAGGUCAAGGAGGGCCACUUUAACCUGUCCAACCUCUUUAGUGAUAAUAGGGAGGUCCGCGAAAGCACGCUGAAGGUUCUUAAUGAAGAGUGGGACGCCCUGGCGGCGGACAUACAGCCCAAGAUCAACGAGGCCUGCGACCGGUCCUUCAGGGCCAUCCUGCAGAGUCUCUGGGACAACAUCUCUUAUGAAGAGUUCUUUGAUACCAGUGAAGGUUCAAUAAUACACCCAGGGAAAAAGUCAUAGCACUUUCAUUUGUACAACUAGAUGUAAAAAUAUGUACAUAUAAGUAUGUACGUACUUACCAAUACAGCUGCGAGAGUGGAAAUUUUAAAAA